UCCAGGUUAAAGGUUAAAAGUCAGACUCGUUGUAUAAAGUCGGUGUACAGAACUUGGACCAUGUACUCGGUUUUCGGUCAAUGUUUAACUGAGUCUGUGUAGCGAUUGAUGUCCACUCUCCUCCCGCUGGUGUCCGGGCGCGCCUUGUUCCGUAUCGGAGUCGUCUGGAGUCACCUUCGCCCGAGUCGUGCAGUCAUGGCGGCGCCCGCGAACAGCCAGACCCGGCACCACACCACGGCCGGGGUCAUCAUCAUAGGGGAUGAGAUCCUGAAGGGUUACACACAGGACACCAACACGUACUUCAUCUGCAGAAAACUCCACUCCCUGGGUGUGAAAGUUGAGCGUGUGUCUGUGAUUGGAGAUGACCUCCCCACCAUAGCAGACGAAGUGGCGCAGUUCUCUGAACGUUACACCUACGUCCUGACGGCGGGGGGGAUAGGGCCCACUCACGACGAUCUCACCUUCCAAGGAGUCGCCGACGCGUUUGGCGAGAAACUGGAACCCAACCCAGAACUCGUGGAGCUGUGUCAGAAGUACCUCGGAGCAGACGCCAGCGACAUGUCCUCCCCUCGCAUGAAGAUGGCCCUCGUACCGGCGAGCGCAAAACUCCUCUUUGGCUACGACAGCAAGACAAAGCAGAAAUCCCGCUUUCCCAUCAUCAACGUACGCAACGUUUUCGUCUUUCCUGGGGUCCCAGCCCUGAUGGAGAAAGCCCUGACCAUGUUAGAGAACGUCUUUUCUAACAGGGAUGUUACCUUUCACUUCAAGGAGGUUUUUGUCAGUGCAGAUGAGACAUCCAUUGCUCCAUACCUAAAUAUCGUUGAUGCCAAAUACCACAGUAAAGUACAGCUGGGCUCCUAUCCGAACUGGUACAACAACUACUACAGGGUGAAACUGACUCUAGAAUCAGAAUCAGAUGAUGACUUGAAGGAAGCUCACCAACAUCUGCUCAGUCUGCUGCCGCAGGAUAAAGUAGUGGACUAUGUAGAGAGAGAUCCUGUUGGACAGGCAGCACAAGAGGUGUAUGGACUGGCAGACAAAGAUGGAGAUCAGCUUGGCAGCAAGGUCAGAGCAGCCCUGUCAGUAGUUGAGGAGUGUCUGGAGAAGUAUGAGGUUCCAGAGUUGUGUGUGAGUUUCAACGGUGGGAAGGACUGCACAGCACUGCUGCAUCUUAUACAUGCUGCAAUAGCAAAGAAAUACCCAGUUGGUCGGCCUCAGCUCCAGGUGCUCUACAUACAGAGACCCUCCCCCUUUCCAGAGACAGAAGACUUCAUCAGCAAAACUGCAGAAAGGUACAACCUUAAGAUGUACACCCUGUCAGGAGACUAUAAGGAAGCCUUACAUGAGUUGAAGAGGACCCAGCCCCAGAUCCAGGCAGUGUUGAUGGGACAGCGCAGGGGAGACCCUUAUGUGUCACGCACUAACAUGACAGCCUUCUGUAUGACUGACUCAGGAUGGCCUCAGUACAUGAGGGUUAACCCCAUGCUGGAGUUCACAUACCAUGAUGUGUGGGGGUUCCUGAGAUCCCUGUACCUGCCAUACUGUAUACUGUAUGACAGAGGGUAUACAUCCCUGGGGAACAUGGUGAACACCAAGCAGAACCCCCACCUGAAGUUUGUGGAUGAGUUUGGGGUGACGAGGUACAAGCCGGCGUACCUGCUGGAGGAUGAGACUGGGGAGAGAGACGGCAGGCACUCCUAACUCACACACUUUCACACGUGAUGGUUGUAACAAGAUUUAUAGACAUUUGUUUUCAUGAAGAUGUGUAGAUCUGUGUUUUCAUGAGGAUGUGUUGUCAUGUUUUAAUGAGGUUGCAUAGACAUGUUUUCAUGAGGAUAUGUACUUAAUGUAGACAUGUUUCCAUAUGUGGAUACUUA